AAUCAAUAAAUGAAACACACGAAGCCAAGUAAAAACAAUCGGAGCCAGGUGAAUACCGUGUCUAAUUGAAAGCGAACAGUCAAUAUCAAGUACUAUAUAUUUUUAUUUGUGUAUUUAUGGGAAAUAGGGCCGAUUGCAAGGGUUAAAGAAGUCACGCUAUAGAUAUGAUGGGUUCAUGGUGAUUCUCCAUUCUUAAUCCAUCAUGAUGCGUCAGCGGGCUAGUCACGUGGUGGCCCCUUAUAUGGCGCUAGCGACGUUACUGUUCACGCAUGUCGCAUUCAUUCAAGAAUGUAACGCAACGCAUACGCGUGACGGUAACGAUACUAAACGAUAUGAGCUGCCUGUCGGGAUGAACCUGACGAAAAUACACCGCGAAGCCGUUGAUAAUAUAUCGGCUGACAUUAUCAGAGAGCAACUAAGAUACUUCACCCGAAUACCCCACUCGACGGCAUCAGCCGAGAACCACCAGCUCGCCGAGUACAUCCAGGACAAAUGGCAGCAGUAUGGUGUUGAACGAGUUGUCCUGAAGAAGUACGAUGCGCUUGUGUCGGUGCCCGAGGAACCCGGUUAUGUCACAGUCAGAGACAGUGACGGACAGGUAAUAUUUAAAUCAGCAGGACGAGAAAAACCACUUUUACCCGAGGAAAACAGCACGCGCGUAUUACCACCAUACAGCGCUUACUCUCCUAGUGGGGAGGUGACGGGAACACUCGUGUACGCAUAUCGAGGUCGCCAUAAAGACUUCCAAGACUUAGAAAACAUUGGAGUCAAUGUAACCGGCAAGAUAGUCAUUUUCCAGUACAGCAAAUCCAAUCGAGCAUCGCAAGUGCUGCGCGCCCAGAAGAAUGGAGCCGUGGGUGUGAUCCUGUACUCAGACCCGUCAGAGGUCGCGUGUGAAGGCUUAGACAAGGUCUAUCCUCUGUACAACUGGAUGCCAAGCACGGGUGUAACUCGUGGUAACAUCAAGACGACGCAUUACAGCGGAGAUCCGCUGACCCCGGGCAGGCCCGCGGUAGAUGGAAUGUAUAGAAUCCCGAUUGAUGAGAUCAAACAAGAAUUGCCCCAAAUUCCCGUACUGCCGAUAUCGUAUGGCGACAUGACCUACCUGAUGGGAACGCUAGACGGUAAAGUCCCCGAUGAUUCCUGGAGAGGUGGUCUUCCUGUUGAUUAUGGUAUCCAAUCACGAUUGAAUAAUACAACGACAGUCACAUUGUCAGUCAAAAAUAACCUGUCAAUCAAACCCAUCUACAACGUGAUUGGCGAGAUUCGCGGAGUUGAGGAACCAGACCAGUUGGUGAUAGUCGGUUGCCAUAGAGACGCCUGGGUGUUUGGGGGCACGGACGGCAGUAGUGGGACAGCGGCGUUGAUGGAAGUGGCACGCGUACUAGGUGAGCUUCUCAAAAAAGGCUGGAGACCCAGACGGACCAUAGUCAUGGCGAGCUGGGGAGGCGAGGAGAUGGGGACGAUCGGCUCUACUGAGUGGACCGAGGAACACGCUAAGAUUCUCUCGUCUCGUGCCUUAGCGUACAUCAAUGUCGACAUGUCAGUUGAUGGUAACGCCACUUUUCGCGCCAAGUCAGUUCCUCUAAUGCAUAAGGUUAUUCGAGAGGCAGCAAAAAAGGUCCCUGGGUCACGCGGUACAGGAACGCUUUACGAGGAUUGGGUGAACGCGAGCCCAUCUGAAGAGUCGUCAGCAUUACCGCUCAUGGAGAGGCUAGCAUUUAGCAGUGAUUAUAUCUCUUUCUACGCUACGCAAGGAGUUCCAAGUCUGGACAUACGAUAUACGUACGACAAGGUGAAGACCAAUACUCGCAACAAUCCGUUGUACCACACUCUUCACGACACAUUCGAUCUGAUGGCCGCUUUCAUCGAUCCCGACUUCAAGCUACAACAAGUCACAACACGUGCAUGGCUGCAAUGCAUUCUGGACCUGGCCGACUCGACCAUCAUCCCUUUCGGGGUGACGGACUAUGCCGUUACCAUAGAGAAAGCCCGAGAUGAGCUUGUAGAAGAAUAUGGGGUCCAACUAGAAGAGAAUAAAGUUACCCUUGAACACUUCACGUACGCCGUUAGAAACUUCUCAGAUGCAGCUACGAGGUUCCAGCAGGAAGUGGAUUCAGUCAGCGAGAAAGAUGUGUAUAAUAUUCGACGUAUAAAUCAACGUCUGCUAUUGCUCGAAAGAGCGUUCAUAAACUACGAGGAUCCACCAACUUUGCCAAACCGUCGACUGAGAAGGCAUGUCUUCCUUCAGCGUCCCCCAGGGAAAAAGUUGCCAUAUAUGGCAGGGCUUCUGCACGCAGUUCGACAGACCAUGAAGGGUAAAGCAUCAUGGGAAGACGUAAAACAGCAGGUGUCACUUCUUGUCUACGCUAUCCAAUCAGCAGCGAAAUUGCUCAGCCUAAACCCAAUUUAGUGUUGCUGUGCGACACGAGCUUUAGUCAAUGCAUCCAGAAAGAAGAAAGCCAAAGACUGUCAAUAUAGUCGUUUUAUUUUAUAGGUUUUCUGAAUUGAGAGAGCACCAACUGACAUAGCCGAGUAGGUAUAAUUCUGAAAGAGUAGGCCCUGGAAAGGCCUUAUUAAUUAUAACAUAAUCCUUUGUUUCCUCAAACGAGAGUAACCUUCUCUAAAAGCAUUAACCAGUUAGACUUUCGUCGGCCCAGCGUAGAAAACAAUGGAUUAUACGAGAUUAGGAUGGCGAGCUGCUCGAAAAUGCGAAGAACUUGUCCGGGAUGUCAGGGUCGGCCAAAAGGCCCACUUCUGAGGGAUUGGGUAAAAUACCAGACAAGAAAGUUAUAGAUUAAUGCAAAGUCCUGUGCAACGUUUCAUGUCUGAAAAAAGAGGGGGUGGGGGUUAUUAUGAGGAUAAUUCGUAACAUUUUUGCGAAAACAAAUAUGGAGGGGCUUCUCUUUCGCCCGUUCCUUAGAAUUAGUGUAUUUAGUCAAUCCUUAUCCUGCGUAGCAAGAACUCCCGUAUGUGUUUCGAGUGAAAAGACCAACAACAAAUCCGAUGAGCGAGAUUUUGGCAUCGCGAAAAAUGGUGCGAGAGCAAAAAAGGAAGUUAGUUUUUUUCCACUCAUCCACCUCCGUCCUUUUUCGCGCGAUCAAAAUAUUGCCUCAUCGAACUUCACAAAAAACAAGGGAUUGGCUUGCUACACGGGAAGAAAUAUAUGUAACUUGCUAAUUAAUAAACACCCCCCUCCUUCUCCAUGAA